CUUCAUUUGUAUUUGCCUCUUUCACACCCAACACAUUCACCAACGGGACAUCAUUUCAUUACAUUUGGUUUUAAGUGAAAAUGUUAAUAAAAAAUGCGUGAAAGAAAUAUGAAAUCACAUUAAAAGGAUUGUAAUACCAGCGCCUAAACAAAUACUCAAAAAAAUGCUUAAAAAGUGCUAGUAAUCUGCAAUGUAGCACAUUUAUGAAGAACGUCAAUAACCAACGUUGGAAGUGCGGAUUGUCGCGAGGUGAUCGCCUGCUGGACAUACCUUGUAAAGUGUGUGGCGAUCGAAGUUCGGGCAAACAUUAUGGCAUCUACAGUUGUGAUGGUUGUUCGGGCUUCUUUAAGCGCAGCAUUCAUCGAAAUCGCAUUUACACCUGCAAAGCAACUGGUGAUCUAAAGGGUCGCUGCCCCGUCGACAAAACUCAUCGCAAUCAGUGUCGUGCCUGCCGUCUGGCGAAAUGCUUUCAAUCGGCAAUGAAUAAAGAUGCCGUACAGCAUGAGCGCGGUCCACGUAAACCGAAGCUACAUCCACAACUGCACCACCAUCACCCCCAUCAUCCGCAUCAUCAUCAUCAUCAUCAUCACCAUCACAACGGUAUGGCGCAUCACCAUCCCGGCCAUCAUCUGCCCGUCUCACUGGUCACCAACGUGUCGGCUUCCUUUAAUUACACUUCACACAUUUCUACCCACCCUGUGCAGGGUUUCCAACCACCAGCACAUCCGACCGCCUUCCAUCAUCCCGGACAUGCGCUGGCGCAACAUAGCGUUUUGCAAAAUGGCGCCGUUGCCGUGCCACCACAUCCCCCAUUGCCAUUUCCACCGCAUCUCUUGCCGCAUAUGCAUCACAAUCUCAUUGCGGAGGCCACCAGCAAAUUGCCCAACAUUUCGGCUGCCGCGACAGCCACAACAGCUGCCACAAUUGUGGGUGCGGUGAAUGCUGCGGCGGCGGCCGGACAGCCACCAGCAACAAAGCAUUUGCCGCUGUCACUUACCACUGGCAUGCCUACUUAUGACCUGACAAAUAGUGGCGCUUCUUCGGGUGCGGCUAGCGGUGGCGCUGCCAGCACCACCAGCUUGGAGUUCUAUGCAAAGUCAACUGUCACGACACACAACUAUUCGUCGCCAUCACCAACGCCUUCCAUACAGUCCAUAUCGAGUAUUGGCGGUCGCAGCUCGUUGGGUAGUGAGAGUCCGCGUGUAAAUGUGGAGACGGAAACGCCGUCAGCAACACCGCCGUUGUCGACUAGCGCCUCACCGGUGCCUUCGCUGACGGACACUAAUAUUACUGGUGGACCAUCCUCACCGAUUAUCAAUAUCAAUGGCAAUAGUAAUAACAACAAUAAUAGUGAGUCCAUGGAUAACAACAACGAUAACAGCAUAAACAAUCAGAAUUGUAAGCCGGGUAGUGGUGGCAGCGGCAGUUUGACUGCCAGUAGUGGCACACCAUCGCGUUCGUCACCGCUCUCCAGUCAUUCGCCAACAGCUCAUCAGAGCGUUGCUGGCAUGUCUAACAGUUCUAGCUCGUCUGCCGCUGCUGCGGCGCUCUAUGCAGCACGUCAAAAUGGUUUUCUUGAGCUCUUACUCAGCCCUGAUAAGUGUCAAGAGAUCAUACAAUACCAAGUGCAUAAUUCAAUAUUAUUUCCGGCUUUGCCACAACAAUUAAUCGGAGUGGACUCGCGUCUGCUGUCAUGGGAAAUGCUGCAGGAAACUACUGCACGUCUACUCUUCAUGGCUGUGCGUUGGGUUAAGUGCUUAAUGCCAUUCCAGACGCUAACCAAGAAUGACCAACACUUACUACUGCAGGAAUCAUGGAAAGAGUUAUUUCUACUUAACCUCGCGCAAUGGACCAUCCCACUAGAUCUUACGCCCAUACUCGAAUCACCCCUCAUAAAAGAGCGCGUACUACAAGACGAAGCCACUCAAGUCGAAAUGAAGACCAUACAAGAGAUACUCUGUCGUUUUCGUCAAAUCGCGCCCGAUGGCAGUGAAGUUGGCUGCAUGAAAGCAAUCGCGCUCUUUGCGCCCGAAACGGCAGGUCUCUGUGACGUGCAACCCGUUGAGAUGUUGCAAGAUCAAGCACAGUGUAUACUCUCCGAUCACGUACGCCUGCGUUAUCCACGACAAGCGACACGUUUUGGACGUUUACUGCUGCUGCUGCCAUCGUUGCGUACCAUACGCGCCGCCACAAUCGAGGCGCUCUUUUUCAAGGAGACUAUCGGCAAUGUGCCGAUAGCGCGUCUCUUAAGGGACAUGUAUUCCAUGGAGCCGGCACAGGUUGACAACAAGUGAAGUGGAUAAACAUUAGUGCGAAUGAUCGAUGCUUGAGCUGGCAUUACGAGGAUAACAGUAAUUGUAAUGGGAGCACAAAAACAAAUAAGAUUGGAGCGACAGUGGACGUGACUGCUGGUGCACUCGCGUACGAGCUGUUGGUACUGCUGUUGUUGUUACUGCUGGUAGUGAAGCGCUUGUUACUCUUGUUGUUGCAUUCAGCUUCUAUCGGCGUUACGUGUGUAUGCAUGCGAGUGGGCGCGCCCAGCUGUCGAAUUUCACAUCGCUUCCGCGCCCUGCUUCUUCUUCUUCCAACUGUAAUCACGUUGAUAUUUUCUGUUGAUAUGACACACUAGUUGUUGUUGCUGUGGCAUACUACGUAUGCUGUAACUAUAUUUUUCUAAUGUCGCAACGCCAUACGCAUAUGUGUGCGUGUGUGUAAAUAAGGAAGUAACAGUUAAAUAAAAAUGCCGUUAGAAAUAUAUAUUUUGUAUAUAUGUACAUAGGUGUUUGUGCUUGUGUGCGCGCGCUCGAGUGCCAGCAAAUGAUUUAUUCCGCUGGCAAUUGCUUUAUUUAUUUUCCAUUCGACAUUUUGCCCGCGACCUAUACCGCUAGCGCCGCGUUUUUUACCGUUAGCUGCUACUUUUGAAUUUUUUUUUUUGUUUGCUGCUUGCAAUUUGGCCCUUUGCGCUUAUCAUGUAUGUAUAUUUUUAUGUUCUCUAUUUUUUAUAUUUUUUUUGUAUUUCUUUUUCCGCUUUUAUUUUGUUAUCAUCACAUCGUCUCACAGCUCACCUGUGCCGCCACCCAACGCUCCAAUGCUCAACUAUCUACCCAUUCCUCACUCUAUUGCUUGCUCGCCGCUUUUCUGCUUCUUUUUCUCUUCGUAUGCAUUCGUGAACAUAUCCGUCGGCUAUUUAUGCUCAAUCUCGCUUUGGAAAAAUGUACGGACUUUACAUUUGAUAUUUUAAAUUUAUGAUUUUUUCCAUCUACCGCCUGCUCCGCGUACCUCUCGCCUCUCUUUUACCUUCAGUUACCUAUUGGCCCGCCUCCCACCACCAAAUCCUGCUUUUCACUUCGUUGCCGUGCUGCAUCGCGUUUCGCAUUGCAUUGCAAGUUUAGAAAUAAUGAAAAAAUAACUUUGCCGCCGGUCUUUCUAAAUUCAAUUCAAUUGGACACUCCAACUGUUGUUGCGCGGAUAUCAAAACAGUUAGUCAGCAAAUGUAGCACGAAGAAAUAAAUUACCGAAAAUCGUCGAUAAAUUGCGAAAAAUCGCGCUUACACCUCGCACAGCUGUGCUAUUUUAUUAACUUGUCGAUUUAUACAAUAGUUGAUUUCAUUUAAGUUUUUCUUUUUAUUCUUUAUUUUCAUAUAUUUUCGUCAUAAAA